AUGACAGAUGUAUGUGAAGGUACAAUAGAGUUGAACCUUGGGAAGGAUUUCAAAAUGAAGUUUGACAUCAAGGAUACAAUGAGGAAACCCACAAUAGAAGGUCAACUCUUUUACAUUGAAGAGAUGGAUCAGUUACCAGAUGAGCUUCAGGAGGAACUUCCUUUGGAAGAUCACUUGCAAAUAGCUCUAACCAAGGAUCAAUCUGAAGGGUACUUACACAUAGAAACUGAGGAGUAUUCGAGGAUGCUCGAUGCAUACAACUCGAUCCCGAGUUCGUUUUGCACUGAGGAGCUAGAUGAGACAGCCUUUGAGGUUCUGGCAGUGAACUCGACCAAGGACUUUAUCGAGUCAAGUCCGGGAUGUUCUAACUCGGUCGAGCCUAGCGUCAAAUGCAAGGAAAAGAUUUCUGGAGACUGGUAUGAGCUCAAGGCACCAAAAAUCGAUCUUAAACAUUUAUCUAAGGGCUUCAGGUAUGUGUUUCUGGGUGAGAACUCCACCUCUUCUGUGAUAGUUAACUCUGAAUUGAAACCUGAACAUUUGGAUGCAUUACUUGCUGAGUUGAGAAAAUACAGGAAAGCCAUUGGUUACAGACUUGAUGAUAUCAAAGGCAUUUCAUCUGAUUUGUGCAUUCAUAGGAUUCAUUUAGAUGAUGAGACUAAGUCAGCAUAG